GUCCGUCGUGAGGAAGGGCCGAAGAUCUAGAUUGGUCGAUGUAUGCCACAAGUGUUUUGGGUUAUCCCAGAACACAUUAAAGAAGCCUGUUGCCUACAAACAGUAUGGAGGAGUCUAUGUGGAAUGUAUCCAAUAAUCCCUAUCCUUCUUGCAUGAAAGAAGAACCAUUAGCUAACGAUGCUUCAGCUUCUCAGAGUCUGUGGGAGAGAGAUGAUGGCAUAAAUGUAGUUGAGCCAGUUGUGGAAAUCAAGACAGGAGGUGAUUAUUUAGAAAGUGUGGAUGGCAUUCAACCAGAUCUUCAUGACCGAGGAGGGAGACCCGACUACUCAUAUAACUCUACAGGUGUGGUUGCUGGAUAUCACAAAAAUGACUUGGACUUGAUGCUAAUGUACAGUGAGGCUAACAAAGCAAAAGAACUUGAAACUGGUGAGCUUUGCCAUGAGAAAGGAUAUCCAGGGAUGGAACAUACAGUUGGUGUCACUAAAUGUGAGGCUGUUGGAGGUCAAGAUGAAAUGGCAAUGUGUCAGAAGACAGGUCCUUUAAUGUUCAGUCAUUCAAUAUUAGAACCAGAAACAUCAGAUCCACAGCAGGGUCUCAUGUCCAUAUCAGAUGUUUCACAAGCAUGUAUGCUGAAACCGUAUGCUGGAAAUGAAGGUACAGUAGGCAACAUGUCAGAAAGUGAUCAGGCAAAUAAUGGUUUUGAUGACCGUUACAGAAGUCCCUGCCCUUUCUGUGGAGAUAUGUUUACCCACGUUAUUGCACACAUGAUGACAGCUCAUUCUGAUGCCCCAAUGGUGGCCGAGGCCAUGUCACACGAGAAAGGAAGUCCCCAGAGAAGAGCCCUUUUUAUUGCCCUUAAGAAUAAAGGACAUGCUCUCUAUAAUAAGUUUUCCCAGAAAGAUUGUAAAGAAAUUGAAGUUCCAGAUCUGGGGAAAACCCCAAAUAACCCAACCCAGAAAGUAACAUGUAAAUAUUGCUCCAGAAAUUACAAAGCUCAUAAGAUUCGCUAUCAUUACAUGAAAUGUUCAGCAUAUAAGGAGUCAACUAACCACAACACUUUUACUUUCAGAAGAGAAAUGAGAAAGCAAGAUCACUAUAAGAAGUGCAUGAACAUAAUGCAAGCCUUUCCUUUUGUGAAUGAAAAGGUAGCAAGUGAGAUUCUGGCUCGCAUGAGACAAGAUAAAAUCACCUCGCACAUUCUGAAUGAUCCUCUGUUAUUGAAGUAUGCUGAAGUUCAUUCCCAAGGAAAUGUUAAUCCUAGUUUUUUGCACAAAGUUAAGCAAGAUUUGCGCAAUUUAGGGAAGCUGAUCUUAUCAUUGAGAGAAAAGGAUGACAACAUACAAUACAUGGCUGAUGUUUUGAAGCCAUCGUCGUUUGGUCUUGUAGUACGUUGUGUACAGGAGCAUUCAGGUUUUAAUUCUGUUACUUGUUCUUAUGAGCACACAUCUACACCCAUGAACACUGGUUAUACUUUAAGGAAAUGUACAGAAUUAUUAAAAGAAGAAGCACUUAAAACUAUGGAUGAAGGAUUAAUCCAACAGUGCAAUGAAUUUACAGAUCUGAUGAUAAAUGACUGGAAAGAUUGUAUGAGUAUUGAUGUGGCUCGUAACAGGAAACGUGAAAAGUUACCUCUUGUCCAAGAUAUCAAAGCAUUACAGCUUUACUUUGAUAGGGAAAUGAAUAUAGGUCUGAAAAAAUUGUAUGAAAGCAAAGCUGCAAGUCAUUGGAGGAGGCUCUCAAGAUUGACCCUUGGGAGUAUUGUGCUUUUCAACAGAGGAAGCAGCAGGAAAAUUGAUCGUAUGACGAUGAGUGACUUUGAGAAUGGUUGUUCUUCAGACACAGUUUUGCCAGAAUUGGAGGACAAACUUUCACAUAUAGAGAAACAGUCUGCAACUAAUCUGACAAAAAUAUACAUUAAUGAAAAUCCUGGUAAAAAGGUUCCCAUUUUAUUAAAACCAUUGCAUAUUGAAGCUGUCAAACUAAUGAAUGAACUGAGGGACACAGUGGGUGUUGUAGAUAAUCCUUUCAUAUUUGCCCGUCCUGGGGGUGAAACUCCAUUGAGGGGUGAUGUGAUAAGGGAAUUUGCCCAUCGGGCUGGUUUAGAACAGCCAAAUAAUAUUACACCUUCAAAUUUAAGGAAACAUGUCAUUGUUACUAAUCACCUUACAUCUUUUCCUCGUCGGCGUGAAAAUGCACAAGUAAAACGGAGAGCAGCAAAUAGUAUUGAUCGGAACAAAUAUGCGGAAGGUUAUAGUCAUUAUGAGCAGACGGGAAAUGAUUCUCAAGAAAUGUCAGAAGAUAGGGUGUUGGAGGCCAAUGGAGUCACAUUAAUGGAACCAAAGCUUGAAAAUGAUGAAGGCAGCAUGGAAGACAUUAAAAAGGAGUUCAAUUUUAGAGAUUGUGGCAACAGAUAUUGGUUUUUGGGUUAUAAUUCUUCAGAUUUUGAAUUUGAAUCCGGUGAUGAUUCUGAUUAUGAACCAAACAGGAGAGGAAGAAGUAAAGUAUAGACAGCAAAUUCAUCACUGGGGACUUUAAUAGGCUUUAAUUAUUAUUGGUGUUUGUUAGUAAUACGUACCCGAUAUUUUUUUUUAGAUAAGGACACUACAUAUAAUUGAGAAUUAUAUGUAUAAAAAUUUGAGGGUGGAAAAAUAUGAAGAAAUUGACUUAGAAAUUAGACUUUGGAUUAAUUUGUUAUCACCCUUUAGUCAAGUAACAACAGUUCUUAGGCAUGUUCUUCGACACUCGCCAAAACUAGAGGACCCUUGUAACCUAUAUGGGGGGGAAAAUGCAAUGGUACAUUGGGUUUGCUAUGAACAGUGAACAUCAUGCUCGCCUGUCAAGUUGAUGCCCAAACCAUCUGUAACAGGCUACAUGAGGCCAAGAUAUUAUUUCGCCAUAUUCCUGCCAAGAAACACUUCCUAACAGAGAAACACAAAGAAGAGAGGCUAGGAUUUGCAUUAAAAUAUUAGCAGGUGGCCAAUAAUUUCUGGAAGAAAAUUAUCUAUUGCAAUGGGGAGGAGACAUUCCGUACUGAUAAGUAUGUUAGUCUUCUUCACUGCUGGCAUUUAACAUUAACUAAGUUAAUGUGGAACUGCUUGGUAAUUUUAAUUCUUUAGAAGCUUAGAUAAUAAGAAAUACAAAAGUAGGCAUAAAAUGUUCAAUAGUUAAUUUCAUAAGAGGUGUGAAAAUGAUAGACCUAAGUAGCAAGGAAAGAAACGAGAAAUUACAUAUGUUGUAUAUACAAGAUUAUAUAUAUAUAUAUAUAUACAGGCAGUCCCCGGGUUACGACGGGGGUUCCGUUCUUGAGACGCGUCGUAACCCGAAAAUCAUCGUAAGCCGGAACGACGUUUGGAAAUAUGUCUUAAACUAAUAAAAAGUUAUAAAAACCUUACUUGUAAUCCUUUGGUUACACUACAUGUUGUUUCCUGUAGUUUUAUGUACAACCUGGAGUUAUUUUCAUAAAAAAAUGCUGGUUCUUGAAGGUAAAAACUAUUGUAAUCCUCUGGUGACACUACAUUCUUGAAGUUUUAUGUACAACCUGGAGUGAUUUUGCUAAAUCUUGAGGGCUACAAUAACAGUUGAUUACUAUUUACAUAUCAUAUAGACUAAUUAAAGUAAACGUAUCUUUAAAUAGGCUUAUAUAUUAGUAUCAACAAAACAUUUCCUGGCUUGAGUCAGAGGCCGUUUAAUGAAACGAACACUUUUCUGUCCUAUCUGUUCAGAAAAUAAACGUUACGUCAAUCCCCGAGACCAUUGUUGCCAAGACUCCUCUCUCUCUCUCUCUCUCUCUCUCUCUCUC